AUGACCUCCGAAUCGCCACUUUCACGGUUCUAUUGCUUUUGUGAGUUUGAGAGUUGUUCCAAGCAACGAACCAAGCUGGUCGCAAGGUUGACCGGCUCAGGACUUUUUGGUGGGUUCGGCGGGACAUCUCCUGUUUCACGACUGACCAGGGUGGCCAUUGUCGACCAGGGAGGGGUGGACCAUCAAUUUGUGGCACAUCGUACUCAAUCAAGUCUGUUGCACUCGGAGCACCAGGACGAAGUUGAGGAGGAGGGUUGGUGCAUGGUACGGCAACCUUCACACAAGCUCCGUCAUUUGCAUAUUACAAGACCGUUGCGACUUGGCGCGUUGGACAUACUACUUCCGGAGCGCCAUAGUCAUAUAUGA